AUGCGCCUGUUCCUAAUUCCGAUCUCCACAAAGCGAGUUCUCGUAUAUGCUCGGCCCCUUAGCAAGGACUUAGCGAAGGAGCUGUCGGUCCUUGAUAGGAUCACAACCAAGGCGGCUGAAAUAUGGGCCAAGUGGGAGGAAGCCGACAAAGGAUGGAAGAUGCACCUUGUUCGCUGGGGCAAUCGAGUCCAGCAACGGAUACCAUACGAAGAAUGGGCCCUCAAAAGCAUUCCUUCAUUCAAGACCCAACAGCGAGUGAAUGGGGAUCAUGGGAAGACUAAGGUGGAUGUGCUGUUCCCUGGUAACGCGGUGCGAUUGGAGCGAGUUCAAGAUGUACUGCGCACGGUCGCCACGGAGAGACAGGAGCUUCAUCGGAAGAAGAUGAUGUGGUGCUUAAUAGCUGCGCCGAUUACCGCCCCACUUGGAUUGAUACCAGUGGUUCCGAAUAUUCCCUUUUUCUACUUGGCAUAUCGGGGCUGGUCCCACUGGCGCGCAUUGAAUGGUUCAAAACACCUGGAAUUACUCGUCGGACAGAAUAUCCUCAACCCUAUCUCAUUACCGGGGCUAGAACAGCUAUAUGCCAAACGCGUAUCUGGAGUACUGGAAGGUUCCGCGACCGAGCCAUCAUAUUCCGAGGUUGCCGACGACAUAGAGCAGAGCGAGGAUCGGGUCCUGUUGAAGAUGUCUGAUGCCAAGAAGUUGGCUACGAUCCUGGAAGCGCCGGAGCUUGUUUUGGAAGCUGAACGAGCGAUUAUUCAAGUCGGUGAGCGACUCGAGGCUGCAGAGAAGACUAAACAAGAGAACAAAGACGAGAAGAAGGAUUCAUGA